AUGUCUGAACUCUGGGUCAUGCCUGAGACCUCUCGUAAAGGGGAGAUGGGUGGACAGAGAAGGAGUGGUGUGAGUUCUGGUCGUGAGCUGGUGAACGAUGCGUUGAGCCCGCAGGCCAAUAUUACGAAGAAACGAAUUCCUUUUUCCAACAUUUCCCACAUCAAUCAACGAUCCUACACAGAAGCUGAUACAGCUCAGACCUGUACAGGCUGCGGCGGAAAGUUUAACCAUGUCGGAUACAGACCUCAUGCACGCUCCACUCACAGACUGAACCUCCCUCAAGCACCUGAACCCCCUCAACCUCCACAGUAUUGUCUUCCGCAGGAUACGGAAGGCAUUCCGGCUGUGGCGCCCUCAACUCAAGGAUCUCGAACCAGAAAGCUAAAGAAACAUCGAGGGAAGCGACAACCAGGAAAAAGGAUAGCUUCUUCAUCUGACAAGUCUCCUGACCCAACCCCGAGCUCGUUUGGUUCCUCUGCGAGUGGACAGUAUGGAUCUAACUUCCGGUUCCCUUCCCAUAGCGAACUCGCUGGUGGCAGCUUGACACUGUUUUCUCGGAUGGAAGUCUCAUUAUGGCUGAAGCGUUUCGACUGGUGGCGUUAAAUCAAAGGCAUUGACGACACUCAGGCGCUCAACUUUAUGAAAGGCUUCUGUUCAGAUGCAGUUGUUGCUGGGAAAGUAGAGAGAUAUACUACGAGUGCCAAGACAUGGGGCGAACAGAAGGACUGACUGUUGGUUGCAUAUCAGCCCUGGGAUCAUCUCCAAGCAUACACACCUGAGCAGGAGCGGCUGAACAUCAUCAACAACCGUUUCAUUACUGAUGCUGCGAGCUUGUAGUCAUUCGUUGUUGACUAUAACAACGCUCUUACCCGUCUCAAGAUCAGGGAUACUCAGCCUAUUGCUGAGGCUUGGAUGAAACUCCUCUCGACUUGGAUCAAGCGUCUUCGAGCUGACCACGGUAUUACCGCUGAGAAGGAGGAGACUCAAGACUAGCUUGCAUCUGGCGCUGCAAAUCCUCAACUCCAUCAGCAGGCGCAAUUCCAAGCUCCUUUGGUGCCACCACCUCAACCGAUUCCUGACCAGGCGCGACCUGUGCUUGUUUCUCAGCCGACUCAUGGUUUCCCCAAUCACCCGCCAGCUCAGGUUGGGCAAACUGGGGGGACCAUUGCACUACCAACCUCCUCAGCACUCAACCGGCGAAUGGCAAGGCCAGCCUGAAGCAACUAAACAGAUCCUGAAGCCCGAAUCUGUCCAGAAGCCCGAGCAGGGGUUGAACCACUUGGCAUCUCUGAUGGAGCAACUUCGCAUCGAUCAGAUUGCAAUGGCUCACUCUUUGAGACUGCAAUCUGAGACUCUCAGACAAACCCGGGAUGUCUCAUACGAUCAGACCAAGGCUCUGCGGGAGAUCUCACAGCUGAUCAGGCGCCCCCAAACCAUCUCUGCAAGGAAUCCCCUUCAAGGGAGCACAAACUCUUUGCAGAUGAGCACUGCUUAUGCGAGCUCCUUGGCGGGGUGAACCAGACAACAACACCCUCGAGGUUCGGGAGAUGGACAUGAGCGACGACACUACAUUCUGGGUCCCAGAUAUCAUUGGCCAUGAUCCUAUACCUGGUCAACCAAGUCCAAACCCAGGAGACAUAGAUCUGACAACCGAGACCGAUGAUAAUGUCAGGGAAGAAAAUAAUGGUGGAGACGACGGACGUCUUACACGGGCAAGGGAGAAAGAGAAGCGAGAACAGGAGAAAGCGGAUAGAAGCGGGAUGUUUAUAACAAUUCCGACCAAGUCUGCCUUCUUGGCUCGUGGGGGAGGCUGAUUUCUUUCUAUCCAUAUUUCCUUUGGUUCGCAAAACACGUUUUCCUUUUGUCUUUCCUAUGUUAUCUCGUGUGUUUUGCUGGGGGAGGAGGGACGAAGUGUCGUCUGCUACCACCCACUACAGAAUACUAUAAAAUCACCCAAAUUUUAAAAGCACCCGGUACAGAGCAUGUUGACCAGCUCUGAGACCAUUUCACUAUGAAGACCGCAGCUGCAGAAACGCAAUGUAUUGGAAUGCAAGGCAUGAAAAUGCAAAGCGUUGAAGAACGCCGCAACCUAAAAGAACUCCUUCCGACCCCUAUGCCAGCUCAUCUCGAAGAUCGCCAGCCGGUCCAGGAGCAACAAUCCAGCUGUCAAUGCAGCAAACGGCCAGGCCUGGUCAGACUACUGAUGUUCCAUUGCACCGAAGAUUGAGAAGCAGCAAUAUCAUGCGUUCUAAUCUUCCUGACAGACCUCGGCAACCUCAUGUGCCUUUGUGGAGUGAGCUCCAUAGUCUUGCUCCUGUCAGACCCUCAGUAGGUCUUGAGAAUUGGACAGGAUUCGAGCAUGCUAUCAGGAUGGAUGUGUGGAGAGCAGACUGUGAAAGGAUUGAACGGACGGUGGUUCAGAAUAGAGAGAGGGCCACUGCUACUGCUGCUGCCCGGGCGGAGUUCGAGAACAGACAGGGACGAAGGGAAGGUCGACAUUAGGAUGUAUCCAGAUUGCGCCCGCGCUGCAAACAGAUCAUGGGCGGAUAUUGGUAAUACUGCGUUGACUUGAGUGAGGACUCAGACAAUCAAACUGGGUGCAGAGGUCGGAUUGCGAAAUGGUUUGGGUUGCAGUGCUUCCUUCGACAGCUUGCGAUGGAUUCUUUAGUUCUUUCUUUUCCUUUCUAUCUGACCAGACCUGGCACACCAUUGGACUUGUCGCAACUUUGGAAGAAAGUUGCUGGGGGAGGACUGUUGUGGUGGCCAGGGUGGUAGUCCGUGGGACAUGGAGUACAGUGGGUCAAGGGUCCUCAUACAUAUAAAGGAUACCACCCACUUUUCAAAUUCUUUAGCUAUAAGCAACAAUGAAGCAUCCUUUCUCUUCUUUUC